AAAUGGUGAAUUAGUGCUUAUAAGAAAACGAUCUGAAAUAACUGAUGAUUCUAUUGUAAAUAGAAAAAGAGUGUCUGAAAAUGAUAGUAGAAAGGACCAAGUACCUAAAAUAAUUGAGUUAUCAAGUGACGAAAAGGACAAGAUACCUGAAAUAAUUGAGAUAUCAAGUGAUGAAAACAACCAGACACCUGGAGAUAAAUGGACAUCUGAAAUAAUUGUGUUAUUAAAUAUUUUAAGAGAACAAACUCCUGAAGCG